UCAUGAAGAUUGGGAAAGGGAGUCAAAGUAAAAACGCAGUGACUCUUUCGGAACGCACUGUUACUGAGCAACACACAUACACUCCGGAGUACCACAGAGCCAUCAGUCAGAUCUAUCGUGCACCAUCAUGACUGAGUCUGCUGAGGCUGCCGCUGCCAAUGUGAGCAGCAAGAGACACGCCACCAUAGAGAUCACCAACCUGACAAACAACUACUGCCUCCUCAACCCAAAGGUCUAUCUUGAGAGUGGUGAAACCUCCAAUCCACCUCAGCCCACAGUGCGCCCCCUCAAGACUGAAGUAUGCACUUUCUGCAAGACCAGCGCUCAGGCCACUGGCAGCGUGGGGGUUAUGACCUACGACCUGUUCGAGCAAAGCAGAAAUGACUACACUGAGACCCUUGCCGUCAUGUUUUCUGUCCCCUGGGACUACAAUCUGUAUAAGAAUUGGUUUGCAGUAGGCAUCUACCCAAAAGGAAAGGAGUGUGACCAGGCCCUUUAUAAAGAAAUGUACUAUCAAAAGAACCCACAGGGCUUUGUGAGGGAGGAGGCUAAUGGGUCAGGCAUUAACUUUGAUGGGAAAUUACUGGAUAUAAGGGCCACCAUGUGUCCUUUAGGCAGGGCUAUCAUGCAACUGGAGGUGUGGGACAAGCUGCUGUCUCCUUUGAGUCGGCAGGUUUGCUAAACAUAAACCAGCAGCCAUUUUACUGAAUCAAAAUAAUAUAGUAACUUUUUUGACAUGCCCUUAUGUUAUCACCUGUAUCAAAAAUGUUUGCCUCUACAUUUACCAAUGCAAUAAAUCUAGCAUUGUUUAUUUUUUA